GGUGCAGAUGUUGGCGGUCUGUAGGUCUGAAUAGAGACGAGAAGAACAACUUGGCUGAGGUCUGCUCUUCAAACUAAAGCACUUGACGGCAACAUUUCUGCUGAAAUGGCAAGCUGUGGAGACAUCAAGGUGAAGGAGCUGAACAAGCGUGCGUCAGGUCACGCAUUUGAGGUCAUCCUGAGCCCCUCAACCCCAGAUCCCAAGGGAGAAUUUCCAUUGUCCCCUCUUAGAAAAAAGGAAACAUCGCUGGAUGAGAUCAAGAAGAAGCUGGAAGCUGCAAAUGAGAGACGCAAGAGCCAUGAGGCUGAAGUGCUGAAAAACUUGGCUGAGAAACGAGAGCACGAGAAGGAAGUCAUCCAGAAGGCCAUCGAGGAAAACUGCAACUUCAGCAAGAAGGCGGAAGAGAAGCUCAAUCAGAAGAUGGAGGCAAACAAGGAGAACCGCACGGCACGCAUGGCAGCUCUCAACGAGAAGUUCAAGGAGAAGGACAAGAAGUUUGAAGAAGUGAGGAAGAACAAGGAGUCGAUGAAAGAAAGGGAACAUUAAUUUGUUCAUGCCCUGGAAAACAGUUUUUACAUCUCCAAAGAUAAGCUAUAUUUUUUUAACUGACGCUUCUGCAUUAUUGUUUCUUGGGUUAGUUCUGAUUGUGCUGUUGAAUCAAAAUUGGUUAUACCGGUUAGAUUUGGCGUGGAUAUAGUCUGACUCUUCUUAGCUUGUAGAUUUCUCUUUGGCAGCUGUUUACACACUGUUUUGUGGUAUGAACUACAUUUUUCCAUAAGCAGGUAUUCCAUUACAGUAAAUUGCUCCUUGUGUUUCAUACUGUUAAAAUGCAUUAAUUAAUACUGUUCUGAACUGUUGAUAAUGCUGUAAGUUUGAGUAUACUGUAUGAUACCAAGGUUUGACCAUUAAAGUUUGUAUCCAAGUUUUAA